AUGAAGAGCCUUCCACUUCUCAUUUUCUUCUUUAUAAGAUCUUCGGCAUUUCCUGCGGACCAAGGGAUGGAGAAUGAAGAGAACGUGCAGCUGGCGCAGGCAUAUCUCAACCAGUUCUACUCUCUUGAAAUAGAGGGGAGUCAUCUUGUUCAGAGCAGGAACCGGAGCCUCAUAGAGGGCAAACUUCGGGAAAUGCAAGCAUUUUUUGGAUUGACAGUUUCUGGCAAACUGGACUCAAACACUCUUGAGAUCAUGAAGACGCCCCGGUGUGGACUGCCUGAUGUGGGUCAGUACGGCUACACUCUCCCCGGCUGGACGAAACACAACCUCACAUACAGACUAAUGAAUUAUACUCCAGAUAUGACACGAGCGGAUGUGGAUGAGGCUAUCCAAAAAGCUUUUAAAGUGUGGAGCAAAGUUACUCCACUGAUAUUCACCAGGAUUUCCAAGGGGGCUGCAGACAUCAUGAUUGCCUUUAGGACUCGAGUCCACGGUUGGUGUCCUCGUCAUUUUGAUGGCCCCUUGGGAGUUCUCGGCCAUGCCUUUCCUCCUGGCCUGGGUCUGGGAGGUGACACUCACUUUGAUGAGGAUGAAAACUGGACCAAGGAUGCAGAUGGAUUCAGCUUGUUUCUUGUGGCUGCUCAUGAAUUUGGUCAUGCACUGGGGCUCUCUCACUCCAACGAUCAAACAGCCUUGAUGUUUCCAAAUUAUAUCUCACUGGAUCCUAAUAAAUACCCACUUUCUCAGGAUGAUAUUGAUGGAAUCCAGUCCAUCUACGGAGGACUGCCUGAGGCACCUGCCAAACCGAAGGAGCCCCCCGUGCCUCAUGCCUGUGACCCCGACUUGACUUUUGAUGCUGUCACCACUUUCCGCAGAGAAGUAAUGUUCUUUAAAGGCAGGCACCUAUGGCGGAUCUAUUACGAUAUCACCGAUGUUGAAUUUGAAUUAAUAGCUUCCUUCUGGCCAUCUCUGCCCGCUGAUCUUCAAGCUGCAUAUGAGAACCCCAAAGACAAGAUUCUGGUUUUUAAAGACGAAAACUUCUGGAUGAUCAGAGGAUACGCUGUCUUGCCAGAUUAUCCCAAAUCCAUUCACACACUUGGCUUUCCAAGACGUGUGAAGAAAAUAGAUGCAGCUGUCUGUAACAAAAACACAAGAAAGACCUAUUUCUUUGUGGGAAUUUGGUGCUGGAGAUACGAUGAGACGACAGAAACCAUGGAGAAAGGGUUCCCCCAGAGGGUGAUCAAACACUUCCCGGGACUCGGGCUCCGGGUUGACGCUGCUUUCCAGUACAAAGGAUUCUUCUAUUUCUCCCGUGGAUCAAAGCAAUUUGAAUAUGAUGUUAAGGCAAAGAACAUUACCCGAAUAAUGAGUACCAGCACUUGGUUUCGAUGUAAAGAACCACUGGACUCGUCGUUUGAUUUUGGCGCCAAGGAACAAGGACAUUCGGCAGGAGUAGAUAUAUUGUAUCAUAAGAGUCAAAGGUUGUUUAUUUUCAGUAUUGUUCAUCUGCUGAAAAAUAUUUAUAGUUAUCAAUAAACUCAUAGACCUGAAAUAAACUUUGAGAGGUCUUUUAAUCUAAACUCUAAUCAAAGUAGAAGGGAACUAUUUUUGAACA